AGGACUACAGUUGUCUACAAUUGUCGGGAAGUAUAAAACCUUUUUUUGUUUUCGCCAUGCCCACUAAAAAGCCCUUGUCACAGCCUAAGCAUCUUGCGUGCAGUUGAGGAACAGACCAUCGGGCCUGCUGCAGUUUGGUCCAAGACGCACUGCAAGGAUGAAAGGCUGCAUUUUCCUUGUUGUGAACUUGGCAGUUUCAGCAGCAUUCUCCCCAAACCCAAAUGGAGCACUCAUAAAGAAUAUUGGUGAAGACAAGGACAUUAUAACAGCAAACAAGAAUGGUUCAUUGGAAGAUGAUAUCCUGGAGAAUCCAGGGAUACAAAGGAGUUCCAUUACUGAUGUGGACAGCCUGUGGGAUUCCCCAGUCGCAUAUGUUUUGGACAAUGGCCUUGAGCUAAAUGCCAAAGGAGUCACCCUGAGAGCCUUCAACCAGUUCAGGUUAAAGUCAUGCAUUGACUUCAAACCAAGGGACUCUGAGGCCUAUUACAUUUCUGUCCAAAAGUUAGACGGGUGUUUUUCAUAUAUUGGCCGAGUACUACCCAACGGACAGGUCCUUUCCAUCGGGAGGUACUGUGAUGAAAUUUCCACCGUUGAACAUGAGUUCCUCCAUGCUUUUGGCUUCUACCAUGAACAGUCCAGACAUGACAGAGAUGAGCAUGUGACCAUUGUCUACGAGAACAUCGAAGAAGGUCGUGAGCAUAAUUUUGAUAAAGUCAGCAAUGAAACCAGCACCACCCAUGGAGUCCCGUAUGACUACAAUUCAGUGAUGCAUUAUGGCAAAGAUGCAUUCAGCAAUGGCAAUGGAUCAACAAUUAUCACCAUUGACCCAGAGUUCCAGGAUGUUAUUGGUCAAAGACUGGAAAUGAGUCCCAGUGAUGUUCAGGAGCUGAACCUCCUCUACAGCUGCAACUCAACCAUUGCAUUUAUGAUGCACUGCAGCUUCUCUGACGGGAACAUGUGUCAAAUGAAUGGCUGUUCACAGAGUGGCAGUGGCUGGGAAAUGGUAACACAUGCUCCCGGGGGUCCUACAUCUGACCACACCAGUCUACCCAGUGGCACUUCUAAUCAUAGUCAAGAUACAGGUUACUUCAUGCAUGCUAGCACAGCGGGCGGGAUGGAGGGAGACUCAGCCCGGCUGGAGACCCACACAAUGAGUCCUAAUAGAGAUUGUCAUGUCCAGUGUCUCCAGUUCUACUACUACCAUAGCGGAAACCAGUCAGACCAGCUGAACAUCUGGAUCAGAGAGUUUCAAGAUGAAUGGGACCCCAUGGGAACCCUCCAUCUCAUGGGACAGAUCACUGGUCAACCAACAUCUCACUGGCAGCUCCACCAUGUUUCCCUGAAUGCCACCAAGCACUUCCGGGUGGAGUUUGAGGUUCGUAGAGGAGCAGGAACAUCAUCAGGCGGCUUCUCAAUUGAUGACAUCAAUCUGUCUGAACUUGAAUGUCCAGACGUAACCAUGCAGAUUGAUGAUUUUGAGAACCUUUUGACCACGAGUGCAUAUGCAACCAUUCUAAACAGCCCUCGGCACUACUCCAGUGGGGGCUAUGCUUACUCAUUUGGAGUUGGGCUGUAUGGGACAUAUUUUGGACUGUUUGUGCAACUGAUGUCUGGUGAAAAUGAUGACCAUCUGGAGUGGCCUUGCAUAAACAGGCAGGUGACCUUCCAAAUGCUGGAUCAGAACCCCAAUAUCCAGCUGCAGAUGUCCAAACAAGCAAGUAUCACCACUGACCUAGGCACAUCCGAUGAUGGUACCUAUUUAUGGGACAAUCCUCGUGAGAUUGGAAUUUCAUAUGUAGAUGACAAUAAUGAGACCAUCUUUGUCGGACCUCUGCUUGGCAAACUUUAUUUUGCUGAUUCUGAGGAAAUACAAACCAGAAACUUCCUCAAGGGAGGGAGUGUCGUUUUUGUCUUCAGCUUCCAAGAUCUUACUCCUCUGGUUAAUGGAAGUGUUCUUCCAUGUCCUCAAGUGGAACCGGUGAUGAUGACACAUCCGCCUGAAGAUCUGGAUAACGCCCCGUGCUCACCACGGAUUGUACCCACCACUCCUCCAUCACCCACUACUCAUCCAGAAAUGACUUCUACUCCAUAUCCCACCACUCAUCCAGAAAACACCACUCAUCCACAUCCCACCACUCAUCCAGAAAACACCACUCAUCCACAUCCCACCACUCAUCCAGAAAACACCACUCAUCCACAUCCUACCACUCAUCCAGAAAUCACCACUCAUCCACAUCCCACCACUCAUCCAGAAAACACCACUCAUCCACAUCCCACCACUCAUCCAGAAAACACCACUCAUCCACAUCCUACCACUCAUCCAGAAAACACCACUCAUCCACAUCCUACCACUCAUCCACAUCCCACCACUCAUCCACAUCCCACCACUCAUCCACAUCCCACCACUCAUCCAGAAAACACCACUCAUCCACAUCCUACCACUCAUCCAGAAAUCACCACUCAUCCACAUCCCACCACUCAUCCAGAAAACACCACUCAUCCACAUCCUACCACUCAUCCACAUCCCACCACUCAUCCACAUCCCACCACUCAUCCAGAAAACACCACUCAUCCACAUCCCACCACUCAUCCAGAAAGCACCACUCAUCCACAUCCCACCACUCAUCCAGAAAUCACCACUCAUCCACAUCCCACCACUCAUCCAGAAAACACCACUCAUCCACAUCCCACCACUCAUCCACAUCCCACCACUCAUCCACAUCCCACCACUCAUCCAGAAAACACCACUCAUCCACAUCCUACCACUCAUCCACAUCCCACCACUCAUCCACAUCCCACCACUCAUCCACAUCCUACCACUCAUCCACAUCCCACCACUCAUCCAGAAAACACCACUCCUCAAUAUCCCCCGACUCAUCCAGAAAUCACCACUCAUCCAGAGAUCACCCGUCAUCCACCUAGAACAACAGAUGACAGCAUUUUUGGCUCCUCUGCUGCUUUGGUGUGCUCUCCUGUCCUCACCCUCUUGUUGGCACUGAUGCUUUUAAUACCUUGAUGUACGUCUCCUCCCGGGCACAUCUCACCUCUGCACAUGAACAGGACCAGAAGAUCUGCCACUGGCUGAGAAAUUCAGCAGAUUUUAUUUUUUAUUCUUCUUUUCUUGUGGUUUCUGUGGAUAUAAUAAAAACUUGAACUAAUAAAAGGAAAAAAGGAAUGGGUAAAGAACUCAUUGUAGAUGCUGUGUAUUGGCGGUAAUGAAAUGUCUGUACUACUGUGGUGUUUGGACCAUAUAUUUGUUCAUAUUUGGAUUUUCUUUUUUGGGCUAAUGUUGAAACUGUACUUUGAUUUCUUACAAAAUAGUAGACCAUCAAAGAAACGAAAAAAAAACUUGAUUUUAACUGGCUAAUAAAAAGGUUACUUUGAGCCCUUUUAUUUUUUCAUGAAAAAAUACAUACAUACUCUAGGUUUAUGAUAGGAGGUGAAAUUCUGUAGCUCUUUCUGUACUGUGAUUCUGAUUCAACAAGCAUAUUUAAGAAUAAAAGAAAAUGCAUGCAAAA